AUGGCCCCCAACAAGUCCAAGAAGGGUUCCGACAAUGUCAACUCCAGGCUCGCUCUGGUGAUGAAGUCGGGUAAGGUCACCCUGGGAGCAAAGUCUACCAUGAACACAUUGCGCUCGGGCAAGGCCAAGCUGGUCAUCAUUGCUGCGAACACUCCUCCGCUCCGCAAGUCUGAGCUUGAGUACUACGCCAUGCUCGCCAAGACUCCCGUCCACCACUUCUCAGGCAACAACAUCGAGCUUGGUACCGCAUGCGGUAAGCUGUUCCGUUGCGCCACUAUGGCCAUCCUGGAUGCCGGUGACUCCGACAUCCUUACCAGCUCGGUUUAG